AUGGCGGACUUCGACGCUCCCUCCGGGCCCCCACCUCCCAAGGUUCCCGAGGGAUGGGUCGCUAGAUGGAAUGCACAAUACUCAGAAUGGUUCUACGUGAACACCUUUACCAAGAAAUCCCAAUGGGAGAAGCCCACCGAGCCCGCCCGGCCUCCCAUGGGCGAUGACGCCCCUCCAGGCCCUCCACCCGCUUACGCCGGCGGCAGCGGGCCCGCCCCCACCGACUCCAAGACGAACCCCUUCACCCCGCAGUCCACAGGCCCCGGCGGUGCCUCCAGUUCAGUCGACAGCGACGCCGAGUUCGCGCGCAAGCUACAAGAGGAGGAAGACGCCCGCGCCCGCGGCAGCUUCGGCGGCGGCGGCGGUGGCGGUGGCGGUGCCGCUGCGAGCUACAUGAACUCCAGUCCCGGGCCUGGCCAGAGCUCCAGCCCGUUCCCCAACCAGCUGCCAGCCCGCGAGGGUGAGGGGCAAAAGAGCAAGGGCCUGCUGGGCAAGAUCUUCGGCGCCGGCAAGAGCAAGCUCAGCAGCGGCGGUGGCGGUGGCUACGGCGGCGGCGGUCACUAUCCCCAACAGGGCGGAUAUUACCCCCAGCAGCAGCCUCAGUACGGCUACCCCCAGCAGGGCUACGGAGGCUACCCUCCCCAGCAGGGCGGUUACGGUGGCUACCCUCCUCAAGGAGGAUAUGGCGGCGGCUACGGCGGCGGCGGCUACGGUGGCGGCUACGGGGGCAGGCCCCAGAAGUCCGGCGGCGGAGGCAUGGGCAUGGCCGGUGGAGCAGCACUCGGUCUGGGUGCGGGUCUGGUCGGUGGCGCGCUCAUCAACGAGGCAUUCGACGAUCAUCAGGAGCAAGAGGCUUACCAGGACGGCUUCGAGGACGGCAAUGAUUAUGGCGGUGGUGACGAUGGAGGUGGUGACUUCUGA